GCAAAUGCACACAUUUUACUUAACAGACUAACAAAUGCAACUAGUGUUUGUCUGAUGGGAUUACUUGUUUGUGGUGGAAUUAAUUUAAUCUACAGUGAAUGCUGAGUUGAUGAACUUAGAUGUCGUAAGGAUGAGUGUGUUGAUGAGACUGGUGAUCUGGGUUUGCUGUGCUUUGCCUGUAAAAUGCUCACUCAGUGAGCUUGAGUCCUGGUCUCCUGAUGAUUACAACACAUUGCACAGUAUGUUGCAGACAAGCAAUGGAACACGCUUGAUCAUAACUGGACAGACUGGUGUAUAUAAAGUAGAUGCUGUAAAGUUCCAACUUCUUUCGAAAUUAAACCAGAGUGGGAUCUCAAAUAUGAUACACAACAGAACAGCAACGGUUGACUACGUCACUGUAUGCUCAAAUCAAAGUGAUUCCUGCUUGGUCAUAGAUCCCUUAGGUAAUAACUCAAGCGAGUUGAUGCCCCCAAUAAAAAUCGAUGGUGUUGCAGCAUUUAUGGCAACGAAUACUAGAGGGACCGAAGGACAUAAAUAUGAGGAUUUUCUGUUUGUAGGAUGUCCCCAUGUUCAAGGUCAAGAAAAGCUUGGUGGUAGAUGCACAGAACCUGGUAUAUCGUGGUAUCUGAAUAGUGGAAAAAUUAAAAGCGAUCCAUGGUAUGGGUUUAAAUCGUACAAUGACACUCCAGUUCUGACGGACAAGUAUAUUGAUGCGUUUAGCGUGGACAAGUACAGAGUGUUUUUCAGUUUACAAAGAGUCGUAGCAACGGGAACAAAAAGAAGUCGAAUAGCCCAAGUGUGUCAAUACAUCGAUCAGAAAGAUGGAAAUGACUCAAUGCCUUACACGUAUGCUGAUAUGCCGAUUCAGUGCGGACAAUUAAGGGAAAUUAAGGCGGUAAAGAAAGCCGUAAUUGAGACAGAAACGUUUAUUGUGGCUGUGUUUUCUGAGUCUAGUAAAUCUGCUGUUUGUAUUUUUACAAUGGAAAACAUAAAAAGAAUGUUUACUGAAAAUAUCAAAGACUGUUACAGGGGAAUCCGUGUACCUGAAAAUGAGGAUUAUGCCGACUACCAGAAUUCCGAUGUCCCAUGUAGCCACAAAAUUGCGGACAAUGACAUCUUCAAAAAGCCAAACGACUCCUUCUUGUGUAACAAGGACAACCUGCCAUUAUAUCGUCAGGUUAUCGGGAAUAAAGCUCUGUCCUCACAGCCUGUCGUUGAUUAUGAUCACGCUGAAUUAACAGCUGUUGCAGUGUCAGUUUCUGAUUCCAAAAUUAUUGCAACCUUUGGUACAGCAAAAGGAGACAUUUUAAAGGAGAACAUGGAAAUGAGGUUGAAUAAAAUGGAACAAAACUUUAAAACUGCAGUUAAUGAUAUCAGGAGAGAGGUUAAUGCUAUGUCACUUAAACUGCACUACACUAAGAAUGAUGUAGCAGAAGUAAACAGUUUAGAGAGUAGUGUUAAUUUUCAUUCAGAUAGAUUAGAGAAGAUUACAGAAACACAAGAAUCAAAAUUAAACAAAGUUAAAUCUGAACUUGAGGAGAUUAAACAUAAGAUGCUACUACUUGAAAAGCAGUACAAUCUGCUCUUUUAUGGCUUCUGA